AUGAAGGAGGAAGAUGCUUUCAGAGACAGUGAGCAAAGCUGCGCAAGUCCCACACUUCAGAAGAAGAAAGUACAUAAAGAGCCUAAGACAGGUGAGAAGGCUGAUGACAGCAAUGCCUCUCACCCCACCACGGGAUGCAGCCACAUUCCAGUCACUCUUUGGGGUGUGGGAGAUAAAGGAAAGAAAGCUCACACUCUUUUUAAUGGUCUUGGACUUGGUGCUGUCAUUGGCCUGGGAGUGGCAGCCCUUUUGUUAAUCCUGGUUGUGACUGAUGUUACCUGCUUCUUUGUACGACAAUGUGGAUUGCUAAUGUGCAUCACCAGGAGAAUCUGUGGGAAAAAAGGUGGUUCAAGUGGAAAAAGCAAAGAACUUGAAGAAGGAAAGGCCGCUUACUUGAAGGAUGGAUCGAAAGAGCCAAUAGUGGAAAUGAGAACAGAGGAUGAAAGAAUUACCAAUCAUGAAGAUGGGAGUCCUGUAAAUGAGCCAAAUGAGACAACUCCCCUCACAGAACCAGAGAAGCUGCCACUAAAGGAGGAAAAUGGGAAAGAAGCUUUAAAUGCAGAAAACAUAGAAAUCAAAGUUGCUAAUGACAUCAUCCAGUCAAAAGAAGAUGAUAGCAAAGCAUAAUAAGAUAAACUACAGCUGUCUGGAUAAUGCAUUUGGAUCGAAGUAACCCCGUGACCAAAACUUUACAGCUGACCUUAAUUUCUUGGGAAACUUAAGCUUGGAAUAGUUAGUACAUGUGUACAUACAAUGAAACAGUUUCUGUCUACAGUUCCUUUCUAUUCUUUGGUUAAUGGUUUUAGUAUGUAGUUUCGCUGACACCA